AAUCUCACCGGCAAUUCCAUCGUCUCGACGUGUUUUAAUACCCAAGCUUCCAGCCCUCCAUCAGUGCUUCCCUCUUCAUCCCUUGUCUCGAGAUGAUGCAUGUCCAUCCAAGUUUAACCGCUUCCAGAUUGUGUGUUUCCGCCGUGCAUCCCAAAGGCCUCUUACCUUGUUUACCGACGAGGAACGGGUGCAGCAGGAAGCCUGGCAGGUCUCUAGUACUACCUGUAACUGCAGCCAAGUCCUCAUCGGACAUUGGAGGGAUCAAUCUUCGCCACCUUGAAAGGGCCAUAAGGCUGCAUUCAGCUAUCUCCAACAGAAGCAUCAAGGAAUUCGUAGAGCUGAUCGGUGAUGAAUGCCGACACUGUUUUACGUCUCUUCCAGCUGAGCCUUUGGAGCUAAGUAAGAAAGCAUUCCAAAUGUUGCACUCUUUCAUGGUGUACAACAGCGUGAUGUUGGUGAUCAAACCAACGGCGGACUAUGGCGUUGAUAUUGGCAUUAGAUGGAUCGCAAAUUUUGCGAAGGAUAAUUUACCCAUGGCCUUUGGUUGCAGCAUCUCUACAAUGCAUGUAUAUGAGGGCAUUGUGUUUUGGAGGAAUGCGAAAAACAUCAUUGACACAUUGAUCCAAAUGCAAGUUGCAGAGAGGUUAGAGAAGAUUCUUCUGCCCAUCAUUGAUAAGCUCGUACCUGAGGGUGUCUUUGAAGGGAAGGAAAGGGUUGCCCUAAUGUAUUCCUUGCUUAGUCUACUAAUCAUGGUUGUUUCUGUUAUCAUCCUAAAGAACACA